AUGGUGCGACCUAGCAAAAGGCAGCGGGCGCAUGUUGAGCCCUUCGUCCAAGGCCAGCAGCCCUCACAUAUACCUUUGCAACAACGUGUACGAGAAUACGGGCUCACAAGUGGUGGGCACACCACAUUACAGACAGCUUACAUCUCACUAUCUGAGGUUUCCCUGGGGGAGAUGAAUGAGUGGCCUUCUUCACCACCACCGCAGACUCAGACUCAGUGCCCAGCUCAUGACUUCUUUGAUGAUGUCAUUGCAGAUAUUAAUGCAGACGUCUGUGACCUUCAGCCUGUGAAGCGCAGACAGACUGCAGCAACUUUUCUUGACGAAACCAUUUUUUUAGAAGGCCGUGGAAAUGAAGCUUCAUGUUCACUCUGUCGCUGCGGUGAUUCUGAUAAGACAUACCGAUGCAAGGAUUGUUUUGGGCUGGAAAUGUUCUGUCAGGCUUGUAUUCUCCAAUGCCACCAAUGCCUGCCAUUGCAUAGAAUUGAGGAGUGGACCAGUGGCUUUUUUUGCUGUACGACCCUCAAGUCCCUGGGUAUGCGGAUCCAGCUGGGUCAUAAUCCCAGUCAUCGGUGCCACAAUCCACGUCCUUCAUCUGGCAACACCUUUGUUGUGAUUGAUGUCCACGGUAUCCAUGAGAUUACAUUGGAUUUCUGUGGUUGUGAGACUGCACAAAUUCGCUUCAAGCAGCUGCUACGAGCACGCUGGUACCCUGUAACCACAACUGAACCAUGGACAGCAGCUACAUUUAGUGUCCUCAAGCAGUAUCACCUCCUUUCCUUUGAAUCCAAGGUUUUGCCCUACAAGUUCUAUCACAGCUUAGCCAGACGCACCAGCAACACUGGACUUUCUCUUAUCAAAGAUCGCUAUUCUGCUUUCAUGUGCAUGGUCCGUGAAUGGCAGCACCUACAACAGCUCAGACGCAGCAGUAGAUGUCAUCAUCCUACUGGCGCCAAUGAAACUGACAGCAGGGAACUUGCUGUACUCUGUCCUGCAUGCCCACAUCCAGGGAAGAACCUACCUGACAGAUGGGAGACUGCACCUCCAUCGAUGCGGCAAGGAGAUGCACUGAUCUUUCACUGCAGGUGGCUGUAUGCACUCUUUAUCGCAAUUGAUGCGAAUUUUCAUGAAGUGGAUCCAGGUUUGAAUGCUGGAUGGGCUUACUUCAUGGAAGAAACCACAUACAAGGAAUAUCUAUCCAUCACAUGCGUUAGCCACAACGCAGUCAAUAUGGCAGACACAAAGUCAUCGCGUGGCCUUGCAGCGACUGGUGUAGGUACUGUUGACUGUGCACGCCAUGAAUUCAAGUUACCAACUGGGGUAGGAGACCUUCAAAAGGGUGAAAAGUACCUCAAUAUGGACUACUUAGUGUUCUCAGCCCUGGUCGUGUUUACAAUCGCAAUGCUCAACAUUUUGUAUGAUAUCGCAUGUCAGUGGUUGAAGAAACUAUGGACUAGGAUGGACUCCAUGCCAACUCGCCUGCAUAUAGCGCACAAUACGAUGCUAAUCCAAUAUUUCAUUCCCAAGUUUCACAUCGGAGCUCACAUUGCUGCUUGCCAGACCACAUUCUCAUGGAAUUUAACCAAGUUCGUAGGCAGGACAGAUGGAGAGGCACCAGAAUGGGGGUGGGCAAAUAUUGAUCGCAUGGCAUCUAGCACAAAAGAAAUGGGACCGGGGAGCCGACGUGAUAUGCUGGACGACCAUUUUGGUGACUGGAAUUGGAAGAAGGUGACGAUGUUCAGUUGGACCUUGAAGCACAAGAUGGAGGACGCAGUGAAGUGGAAGAGGGAACACUGUGGUGCCUUACGCGAGCUGGAGGGAACCAUUCAGGCUGUGUUACUUGAUGAGUGGAGGCUAGAAAUCGAGGCAUGGGAGGAGGACGACACCAAACCAAACCCUUUCAAAAGCAGGGUUGCCCCUAUUACACAGACUGCAGUGCAGGCUCAGCUUGUGGAGUUAGAAGCACAAGAAUUCAGACAGAGGUUGAAACACAACAUCGCCAAUGUCUCCCUUCAUCCUACAGACAAGCAACGAGUGACGAUUACCAAUAGGACUAACAUGCUACAGAGACGGAUCGACUCGUGGACAAGGAUCCAAGAACUCUACAUGCCCAUUGUUUCAGCACUACGUUUGUCAGCUGACUCUAAUGCCAGCACUACCGAAGCUGUUCUAAAGCCCCAACACUGUCCUCUAUAUUUUCCAUCUGCCAUUGACGCCCCUUUACAUUGUGACCAGCGGUUGCUGGAGCAAGAAUGGGAACUAUGGCAUGCGCAGGCUCAUGAUGCCCUUAACGAAAUUUGUUCUCACCUUCGUCUGCGCUCACAUAUGUACAAAUUCAAGGACAAGAAUCUAUGUGGUCAAGCAGCAUCCACUCGCGCUCAGAAUCUAAUUGCCCGUGUCGAAGCAAAGAAAGAUGCAGGAGUCGAUAAAUACAGCGGUUGCUUGGAUAAGGUGGGCUGGGGAGAGACUUUGCAGCCUCUUAGAAACAAGGAUGUGAGACAGAUGGGUGAUUUCAUGGGCAGACAUACUCAGGGAACUGGAACAAUCUCAUGGAUCUGGCUUGCUACAGAUGUCGACACCAGUGUUCACAUUGAAUGGUGUAAGGCUUGUGCAUGUGCUGCACGAUGGUCUGAGGAAGUGCAACUACUUGUCGAAGAAAUGAGACGCAUACUGGUCUUUCUGCAGUGGCAGGCUUGCUGGUGGAGCGAUCACGCAAAUCUAUGCAUACUGGAGAAGCCCUCCGACCAGGAGGGGCUUCAGGCUUAUGCAUAUCAUCAAUCUGCACUACAUUCUGUGAUGCGCUCCUCAUUCCAAGCAUUGUGGAGUGCCGUGCCUCAACUUGUGGUUUCCACUCAGGCUCUUACCCCCAAGGACGCACCUUCUCUUACCCUCAAGGACACACCUUCAAUCGACCACCGCAUGACGAACCUCUAUGCUACAUAG